AUGUCCACACAAGAUUCCACGUCACCUACAGUAAUCCAGGCGCCAAAACCAUUACCCGCUCAAUUUGUGACCGCCAAACAUCCGGAUGAGGAGACGACCGCGACGCAAGCCGCGCCGCAACAACUUGAGCGCGUACCGUAUCCUGUUGCUACUACACCUACAGUACCUCAGGAGGUGAUUGUGGCGCCCAAAAAAAUGGCUUUGGCACCAUCGGCCAAUAAGAAUUAUAAACAGAAGAGGACGUUUAAGGUGAGUGGGAUUUUUGGAUUACUGUAGAGGUUUUUGGCGCCAAAUUAAUUAGAUUCAAAAAAUUAUCUGAAAAGUUUAUCAUUUUAUACAAAAAAAAAUUUCACUAGUUACAAGAUAAUGAAAAAUCCAAAUCUUUUCAAAUGUUUUUUUUUUUGAAAAUCAGAAAAAUAUCGGAAAACACAUUGCAAUAAGCAAGAUAAGAGAAUAUAAAACAAACGCAACUGUAAUUAUAAUUUUUGCCAAAGUUUUCAAAAAUUCCACAAUCACAUUUUGAGGAGAUACGAAAUUUUGAGUAGAGUUGGACGAAGUCGAAAUCUGCAAAUUCGAAAAAAAACUAGAAAGCUAUCCUCUCAAAAAUUUACCUCAUUUUCGAAAAUUGGAGCAGCCGAAAUUCCCAGAAUUAUUAGAAAAAUAAUAGGAAAAAUGUUCAUUUUUCGAAUUUUCUUCGUUGAAGAAAACAAGGGGAAUAAUAGUUCAAAUGAACGAUAUUUAUAGUAUAAAAUGAGUCAUGAGUUAGAGAUUUGGAGGGAGCAGAGAAAUCAUAUCUCUGCGUCUCUUAAAUUUAUCUCUCGUCGUGUUGAAUUUUGAGAGACGCAGAGAAAAAUGGAGGAUUUUCAGCACCGAAAAUCCCAAUUUUUGCAGGUUAUAAUUGUGGGAGACGCUGGAGUUGGCAAAACUUGUCUAUCUUUUCGGUUUUGUUGCGGCAAAUUUCCCGAACACACAGAAGCCACAAUUGGAGUCGAUUUUCGCGAAAGAAGUUGUGUUAUUGAAAAUGAGCUGUUAAAAGUGGGUGGUUUUGAGGAACUGGGAAGGUUGGGUGGGAAAUUUGGGUUUUUUUUUUGUUAUUUGGUGAAUUGUGACCUAAAAUUUAUGAAAUUUUUAUAUUCGCGGGGUGAAUCUCAUUUCCAAACGGACAAUACCGGAUUUUGUGAAAAAAGCUUGUGAAAAAUGAACAAUUUUGACCUAAAAUUUGAAAACAAUCAUGAAAAAAAAUCGAUUUUUCUUUCGAAAAUCAAAGAAAAUCGAUAUUUUUGAUGGAAAAUUUACCCGAAAUUGGCAAAAAUUGGAUUUUGUGAGAUCAUAAAAGCCUAGGCGAAAAUUAGACCACUCCCACUUUUUUGAAGCCAAACAGACUUUUUUUUGGAAUCUAAAGUUUACAGUAAACCUGAAUUUUUAGCUUAAAAUGUCAGAAUUUCAGAAAUUUUGGGCUAAAAAAAUCUAGACUCCAAAAACCGAUAUUUUUUGGUUUCUAGGUAAAAAAAUCACAAAUUUUCCAAAUCUUACAUCAAAAAAUUCCCGAAAUUAAUUCCAGGUUCAACUUUGGGAUACAGCAGGCCAAGAGAGAUAUCGUCAAUCAAUAGUUGCACAUUAUUAUCGAAACGUAAAUGCGACAGUUUUUGUCUAUGACGUCACAAAUCGUGAAUCAUUUCAAAGUUUAAAUGCAUGGAUUCGUGAAUGUGAAAAACACGGACUAACUUCGGAUUCCAAUUCGCCGCGAAUUUUAAUCGGAAAUAAAUGCGAUUUGGAAAAUGGCCAAGAGAAAGUGUCAAUGGAUGAAGCGCAGAUAUUUGCCGAUCAAAAUAAUAUGGCACUUUUUGAGACAUCAGCCAAAUCGCAAAGUGAAGCCGAUCAUGUUGAAUCGAUUUUUUUGACACUUUUGCACAAAUUACAACAGAGUAAACCGAUGCAUGUGCAAACUGUUGAUGAAAGACAGAAAAGUGUGAGUUUUUGACGGGGAUUUUUUGGGAAAUUUUGAACACUGAGCUUUUUUUGAGCCAAAACUGGGAUUUUUGAGCUCUGGAGCUCUAUUUUGAGCCGAAAAAUGUACAUUUCGAGCAGUUUUUGAGCUCAGGAACUCAAAAAUUAACAGUUUUAGCUUAAAAAAUCAGCAGUGGAGCAAAAAAAAGCUCAUUUUUGGGAUUUCACAUUGAAAUUUGAAAGUUUGAGCAUUUUUCAACUGAAAAUCUGAAUUUUUGAAUCCUGAGCUCUUUUCGGAGCCAAAACUGGGAUUUUUGAGCCAAAAAUGUGAAAUUUUGAGCAGUUUUUAGCCCAGCUGCUCAAAAGAUACAAAAUUUUCGUGAAAAAUGCUAAUUUUUGAGCCUUGGAACUGAAAAAUUACGAAAUCAACAUAAAAAUGCACAUUUUUGACUGAAAAUAGAGGCCCUGGAGCUUAAGUGAGGCUUUCUUUAAAACUAGACCUUUUUUGAGCUAUAAAUAUGAAAUUUGGAGAAUUUUUGAGCUCUAAAGCCCCAAAUUUUAUUAAUUUUUCACCCGAAAAACCUCUCAUUUUCCUCUAGGAACAAGAUCGUCUAAUUCUGAAAGCCAGUGAAGCUGCAAAACUUGAAGAAGAAGGAUUUUGCUGCUGA